AUGAAUUCUAUUUUAUUGGUUCGAACUUAUAGUUCUAAUACUUCUUGCACAAUAAGAAAAAGCGCAAAGAUAAUUAGAAAUGAAUUUUUGGAUUAUUUUAGAAAAGAUUUAGGACACACUUUUAUUCGUUCAAGUCCUGUUGUACCACUAAAUGAUCACACAGUUGCAUUUGUUAAUGCUGGCAUGUGUCAAUUUAAAGGGGUUUUCUUAAAUUAUUAUGAUCAUCCUGCAAUGAAAGUUACAAAUUCACAAAAAUGUAUAAGAGUUAGUGGGAAACAUAAUGAUCUAAAUGUAGUUGGAAAUGAUACUUAUCAUCAUACAUUUUUUGAAAUGCUAGGAAAUUGGUCUUUUGGAAGUUACUUUAAGGAAGAAGCUUGUCAUUAUGCAUGGGAUUUAUUAACAAAACAUUAUGGUAUUAAUAAAGAAUUCUUAUAUGUAACAUAUUUUGGUGGAGAUGAAAAAUUAGAAUUAAAACCUGAUUUAGAAUGUAAAGAUAUUUGGUUAAGUAUUGGUGUACCAAAAGAGAAAGUUCUUCCAUUUGGGUUGCAAGAGAAUUUUUGGGAAAUGGGAAUUUCAGGACCAUGUGGUCCUUGUACAGAAAUUCAUGUAGAUCAUACAAAACAAUUCACAAAUCGAUCUAUGCAAGUUAACAAAGGUCUUACAAAUCUUACAGAAUUAUGGAACAUUGUUUUUAUACAAUAUGUACGAUUAGCAGAUGGUACAAUAACACCUUUAUCAAAACAACAAGUAGAUACUGGCAUGGGGUUUGAAAGAUUAGUUGCAUUAUUACAAGGGAAAGAUUCAAAUUAUGAUACAGAUAUUUUUCAACCACUUUUCAAAACUAUUCAAAAAUAUGCAAAAGUGCCAGAAUAUAAAGGUAAAUUCUACAAUGAUAUAGAUGGACUUGAUAGUGGAUACAGAAUAUUAGCUGAUCAUAGCAGAAUGAUUACUGUUGCAUUAGCAGAUGGAAUGGUUCCAGAAAAAAGCAAUAAACUGAGAAGAAUAAUAAGAAAAUCAGUUGAUAUAAGUGAAAAAGUAUUUAAAAAACAAGGAAUACUUUUGGAACUUUCAUAUGCUGUAGCAGAAAGUUUAGGUGAUGUUUAUCCAGAAUUGCAUGAAAAUCUUAAAAUGGUACAGAAAAUUAUUGGAUUUGAAGAAGAACUAUAUAUAAAAUUACAACGCACUUCUGAUAAACAAUGGAAAAAAAUUUGUGAAACAAGAUCUCAAUUGAAAUUGGUUACUGACUGGGUAGCUCCAGGUCUACUAGAUGGAUAUAACUACCUACAACAUGCUAUUUAUAAUUUGAACAUUACUAAUGUAUUACCAGGAAAUGUUGCUUUUAAGUUGUAUGAUACAUAUGGUUUACAUGCAAAGACUAUAGAUGAAUUAGCAAAAAUUGAAUCUCUAUAUUUUGAUGAAGCAACUCUUCAAACAGAAUUAGAAAAUCUUAAGAAUCGAUCAAGAAUUGGCAUUUUACAGAGUAGUGUAACAGCUCUAGAAGAAUCUGUAAAACUAUUUGAAAAAAAUGAUGUACCUAAGACUGAUGAUAGCUUUAAAUAUGAAUAUGUUUUUGAUGGAAAUAGUUACCAGUUUCCUAAAGUAGAGGGUAAAAUUGUAGGAGUGAUUGUAAAUGAAAAUGUAAUAUUAAGUAAAGCAAAUGAAAGUGCAAAUGAAUAUAUAUGUCCAACGGUUGAUGAAACAAUUGCAAACUGUAGUGCUAAAUUAAAUAAAAAUUAUAUUGGAAUUGUAUUGGAUAAAACAGUAUGUUAUUCAGUAGAAGGUGGACAAACAUCAGAUAAGGGCUCCAUUUGUAUUAAAGACUUGACUUUUAGUAUAACUGAUGUAAGAAAGAUCAAUGGAUAUGUUAUACACUAUGGAAAUUUUUUACAAAGUGAUUUAAAAAAACAGAAUGAAGAAUUUAAAAUUGGAGAUCACUGUGUUGUUUCCAUUAUUCCUGAAUUUCGAAUUGAGUUGAUGCAACAUCACACUGGAGCACAUUUAUUAAAUGCAUGUCUAAAACAGAUUAUGAAAGCAGUUUAUCCACGUAAUUCUCGUAUUUUUCCACAUAGUUUAAAGUUUUUAUAUAAUUCAUUUGGAGAAAAGCCUUCUCUUGAACAAUUACAAGAAAUUGAAAAAGUUAUAAAUAAUGUUAUAAGAGCUAAUGUUCCAGUUACUACAAGAGUAUUAAAUGCAUUGGAAUUAUUAGCAGAAGACUUUGUAACUUUAACACCAGGAGAAAUUUACCCUUACAAAGACAUCAGGGUUGUGGAAAUUGACUUUCAUGAUUUAAAAUCAAAGGAAGCAUGUUGUGGCACACAUGUAUCUAAAACAGGAAUACUAGAAUAUUUUUGUUUCCUCGAUUAUUUUUCAAAAGGAGCAUCAAAUUUUAAAAUUGAAGCAGCUGUAGGGUCACAUGCAACACUUGCCAAAUUGGCAGGAGAAAAGCUGCAAUCGAAAAUUUUAGAUUUAGAAAAUAAAUUGAGAAGUGAAAAACUUGCAUAUCAAGCAUUUAGAUCAAUUAGCAACGAAAUUAAGGAUGAAAUAAAAGUUAGCAAAGAAGUGUCAGUACCAUAUGUCAUUGAAGAAGAAUGCUUAAUGAAAUUAAAUAAUUUAGAUAAACUUGCUCGAUCCCAAACAAAAUGA